UGGGCCUACUGCGCAUGCUCAUCCCUCCGCUGCUCUACAAAGAUGGCGGCCCAAACAGACAGAGGAAUUCCUUUAAGUGCGCUUUGCCCAAAGUUCCUGCACACAAACUCCACCAGCCACACAUGGCCCUUCAGCGCUGUUGCUGAACUGAUUGACAAUGCUUAUGACCCAGAUGUCAAGGCCAGGCAGUUCUGGAUUGAUAAAACAAUAAUAAAAGGAGAGGACUGCCUCAUCUUCAUGGAUAAUGGAGCAGGCAUGGAGUAUGACAAAAUGCACAAAAUGCUCAGUUUUGGCUUCAGUGAUAAGCAGACAAUAAAUGGCCAUGUUCCUGUGGGUCUCUACGGUAACGGUUUUAAGUCUGGCUCCAUGCGCUUGGGGAAGGAUGCCAUCGUGUUCUCGAAGAAAGCUGGCACCAUGUGUGUGGGGAUGCUGUCACAGACAUACCUGCAGAAAAUAGGAGCAGAGAACGUCAUAGUGCCUAUCGUGAGAUUCAAGUCUGUUGGCCAGACCAUCUGUCCUGAGCCUGAGCAUGUGGCGAGUCUGCAGGAUAUCUUGCGCCACUCCCUGUUUCAGACUGAGGAUGAGCUUCAUUCUGAGCUCAAAGCCAUCGACAACUGCUCUGCCAGCUCCACAGGAACCCGCAUCAUCAUUUGGAGCCUCCGCAAAACACCGUUGAAUACAUCAGAAUUUGACUUUGAGCAUGACCGAUAUGACAUCAGGAUUCCAGCUGAAGUAUAUGAAAGCACGAAGGAGCAAAACAAACGGCUGGAAUGUGGCAUACAGUCGGCACCUGAGAGUACCUGCUCUCUACGAGCGUACUGCAGCAUCCUCUAUCUGAAGCCCAGAAUGCAGAUUAUCAUUCGAGGACAGAAGGUCAAGACUCAGCUCAUCUCCAAAAGUCUAGCACACAUAGUUAAAGACUCAUACAAACCCCAAUUCCUUAGUAAGCACAUUUCAAUCACCUUUGGCUACAACACCAAGAGCAAAGAGCAGUACGGCAUCAUGAUGUACCACAAAAACCGACUCAUCAAAGCAUACGAGCGCGUUGGCUGCCAGCUCAAGGCCAACAGCAUUGGUGUGGGAGUCAUUGGGGUGAUAGUGUGUGACUUUCUCCAGCCAACUCACAAUAAACAAGACUUUGACUCCACAGAUGAGUACAGGAAAACUAUGUACAAUGUCGGUGUUAAGCUUGAAGAAUACUGGAAAGAGGUCCGUCAUAGACUCAAAAGCACUGUCCCUGUUGAGGAUAUUGUGAAGCGACCGGACCAAAACUGGGCGCAGUGUGACGGCUGUCUGAAGUGGAGGAAACUUCCAGAUGGCAUAGAUACUGACAAGCUGCCUGACAAAUGGUUCUGCCACUUGAACCCUGACCCCCAGUUCAGGAGUUGUACAGCUGAGGAAGAGCGCGAAGACUCUGAUGAUGAGCAACCCAGAUAUCAAAAGACCUACAAACAGCAUGAAAGAAAUAAGAGGUUGCAGCAAGAGAAGAACAGACAGCAGUUGGAAGAGGAAAAGAAAAGGACAGAGGAGAAGAAGAUCUUGGCACUAAAAGAGCAGAAUGCCGCAUUGAUGAGGAAACAGCAGGCCCUAGAACACCAGCUCAGAUUCUCAGCCCCUUCUUCACCCAAAUCACCUGCACAGGCCACUCCCAGCUCCUCACGUAAUGCCAGUCCUUCCACACGUGCAGGCUCCAGACCUUCUGAUAACAUGCCUAUCAUCUCUAAUGUAAUUUCUCUCUCAACUACUCCAACAAGGAUUAAGAGAGGCUUGGGCCCUUGCAGGGAGAAUGUAGUGAAAAAGCCAAGAAUGAGGAACGGUCUAUGCAGCAACACACCAGACAGCCCUUCAACGAGGACAGCCUCACCACAGGCCUGUUCAUCACCGACCAUAAAUGAUGAGGGUAAAGAAGUACCAAAGAAUGAUGAAAAUGAUGACAUUGUCAUCCUUGAGAGCUGCAGCACACCUAGGCCUAAUCCGUCAACGUUUGACCUCUCUAAGGUGAAGUCAGAGCGCAGGUCGAGUUUGGACAUGCAAACACACAUGGAGCAUAAUGACAGCAUUGCCAUGGAAACUUCAGUGGCCAUGGAGAAUCCUACAGCGACUACUUCUUCCACUCAUACCAAACAUGUUAAUAUCACAACCCAGACUGAGCAAAUACGAGCAGUGAAAGAGGAAGUAGAGGAUUCCAGAGGAAAGAAAGAAUCAGAGAAGAGUAAGAGAGGAGAGAGAGAUGAAAAGGUGUCAGAAAUAGAACAAGGGCUCUCAACUUUGGAGAGAAUAAACAAUCAAGAACCAGAGGAAAUAGAGUCUAUGCAGGUAUCAUUAAGUGCCCAAUCAAAGAGUGUAACAAGUGAAAGUAACAAAAGCGAAAGUAAGUGUGUUACAACUGAGCAGAUGCUGGUGAAGUCAGAGGGUGAGCCAGAUGGUGGGGAAUUAAGCACAGAGCCAGAAGUGGAGGCAGGGGAGAAGUCAGCGACACUUAAGGACCCAUAUCUGAUCCCCUUAGACAGAGAUCAUCUCUCAGUGCUGGAAGCCCAGCAGCAGCAGGACAAACUGCUGGAGCUCCUUGAAGUUGCCUCCCGGGAACGGGAUGAGAGCCGGACGCGUGCGCAGCUCCUUACCUCCCAGGUGGAAGAGCUCCAGAGCAGUCUGCUGGAGAUCACCGAGAAAACGCUGAAGAAGGAGCAGUGCCAGCAGGGCACGCAAACGUCCGUAGCAGAAGAGGAGCAGGACUACAAGGCACUUUAUCUGCAGGCCAAGGAGGAGACGAUGCAGCUGCAACGCGAACUGGACCAACUGAAGAGGGAGAGAGCAGAGUAUGAGGCCCAGGCGGAAGUGGCCAAGAAGGCAGAAGCCCAGAGUGGAGUGGAGAACAGAGCGCAAAGCAAAGAAGGUGUAGCAAGAUCGGGCAUGUUUGACAAUGUGGACGAUGAGCUGGCUUGUCAGAUGGACCUUCUACUGAGGGAACUGGAUGACAGAAACAAAGAACGAGAAGAGCUAAAGAAGAAGCUGGACAGGCUAGAGGACGAGAAGAACACGUUGUUGACUUGCUGUGAAAACCUAAGGAAGGACAUAAAAAAAGAAAGUGAAGAGGCAGAGGUAAGCGUGGAAGAGCGAGGGGCACAGACAGAAUUCCCUAAUCCACCACCAGAGGAGAGUGAAGCAGGCUCAGCAGGAUCCUCCAACCCAAGAAGGGUCUCAACAUGUGGGACCAAUCAAAAUGAGACACAGGAAAGACCAAAGAGAGAGCCGGGCCAAGAAGACACGGACACACUGACAUGCAGGUUAAGGGAACUCAGACAAAGGGUCGGUCGUCUUCUGGUCACCUUCGUUCCUGCUCUGGACCUUGAGCAGGUGAACUACGAUUGCGAGGUCAUUGAUGAGAUUCUUGGUCAAGUUAUAGACGAAAUCUCCUGCCCCAAGGCAGCCAUUUCAUAGAACACGCAUUUCCAGCAAAGCAGAUCUCCUAAAGCACAUUCUUGGCUUGGUUUGUUAAUGCUGAGAGAUUCAAGUGCAAACACAGGUUCUUAUUAUGCCAAGUUCUUACCUUGUGAUUGAAUGUCUGUCAUACUUGACAAGAUACCUCAUUGGUUUGCAUGCAGGUCAGCUUUUUGCAGCUUAGAAAACUAGUGCCAAUUUGACACUUAAACACACAACUGAGCUAGAAGGUUUAAUUUAAGAUAAUGUUGUUCAGCUCAACUCGGCACUGUCUCAAGUUGAACCCAAAAUAAUCAUGCCACAAAUCCAGCCUUGUGUUAUGCCCCUAUGGGAAGGUAUAUGUAGAUGGGACCUGACUUUAUUUCAAGUACAUUUACCCUGCUUUAUUGUUUUUUUUCCCUUUCCAGAAUGUUUAAAAAUGACUACUGAAUGUAUGUUUAUGUACCUAUACAACAAUCCUAAAACUUUUUGUGAUGGUUUGCUACAUUUAGUUCGGCCUCUACUGCUUACUGUUGUUUUUGGCAUACAGGUUUUAAGCUUCCACAGCAGUAUUUUUGUUGUCAUUCUUUUUUUCCAGUCAAGUUUAUGCAUUGGUAAAGGAUGAUACUGCUCACUGCGUUGAGCAGACUGAAACAGAGUGGAGUAAUGCUAAAAUGCAGAGUUUUAGGAUUCUUGUAUUAGGGAACAUAUUAACAGUGUAUAAUUGUGCAUAUGCAUUAAUAGUUUUGAUAUGCAAAUUUAUGCUGUUGUUAUUUUUUGGUAUUAUAGUUUGAAUCAUUGUAAUCUGACAUUGUCAGAAAUGUCUUUGAUUUUAAAGGAUUCUGGGGAUCAACUGUACUCCUAUUUUUGUGUUUUCAGUGCUCUAACAUAUAUGAUUUAGCUAAUGGGUUUGACCUUGUACCUGAUGAGUUGAGUCAUGUGUGGCAGGCGCUGAUUUAGAGUGCAUCUUUACUGCACUGAAUGUGUUCUGUGUACAGUUUGUACAUUUUCUACAGUGUUAAGACUAUACAGUGUGGUGUACUGAUUUACCGUCUGUAAAUAUGUUCUACGCUAAAACUGAGUCUUCCAUUUUUAUAUUCAUUAGUGUGGAAAGAUCAUAUCAAUGGUAAUAAAAAGGGGUUCUAUUCAUUAUUAAGCUUUAAGACAACAUUGUGUAAAUUGACUACAUGAAAGUACUGCAUGAAUUGAACUUCAUCGUUGUAGCUUUUGCUGUUGAAAUUUUUUUUAAGUAAUAUAAAUAUUAUCCUUACAGAGACUUCUUAAAAAUAUAUUUUAAUACAGUAUAAUACUUUUUUCAUGUUUGGUAUGUUCUUGUUGUGCAUAUAAUUUGGGGAAAGUAUUCUUGUUUAGUUAAAUUAAUGUUUUAAUUUGUGAGAAAACAUCAUUGCACAAAAUGCUGUUUAUUGUAAUUGAUCAUUCUUUUUUAUUGUUAAAGUGCAAGCUUGUGUCAUUUUUCUAACUGCUCCCUGCAAUAAAUAUUCAAAUGUUC